AUGGUCUACUGGGCUGCCAUCCUAGCCGUCUGCAUGACGCUGGUGAGACUGACGACAGCUUUACAAGCCUGUACCUCCCGGGAUGGACCAGGAGUUGGAGUCUGCAGCUGUAGUGGUACAACAGUUAACUGUUAUGGGAAAAACCUGGCUUCAAUUCCUGAUGGCAUUCCAGCAACUACAACAAGUCUAACACUUUGGCGCAAUCAGAUAGUCACAAUUGAAAAUACAAAGCUUCAACACCUACAUAGUUUGAUAUUGCUUGACAUUGACAACAAUGAGAUAACAUCCAUCCUUUCACAUACAUUUGCUGGUCUGCAGAAUCUCCAAAUUGUGUACCUUGAAAACAACAACAUAAGUAUUAUAGAACCACGGAGUUUCAUAUCCCUAAAUUAUCUAACGAAGCUUGACAUUCGAAACAAUGAGAUAACAUCCGUUGUUUCACAGACAUUUGCUGGUCUGCGAAAUCUGCAAUGGCUUAAGCUUAGUAACAACGCCAUAAGUGUUGUAGAACAGGGGAGUUUCCAACACCUUCAAAAUUUAACGGAACUUCACAUUGAAAACAAUGAGAUAACAAUCAUCUUUUCACAGACAUUUGCUGGUCUACGGAAUCUCAAACAGUUGUACCUUAAUGGCAACCACAUAAAAGAUGUACAACCAGGGGGUUUCCAACACCUGCAGGAACUUACCACCCUUCGUCUUGAUAAUAACAAACUAAAAUCCUUACGUAAUGACAUCUUUUCCACUUUAGAAAUCCCGGGUGAAGAAUCUACGGAAGGUCACCAAUACCAAUCCCUUCUCCUUGAGACUCGAGAUCAUAACUACACUGCACUGUGGACUGAAGAUGCCACUUUUGAUGACCAAGACGCGUACAGAAGACAGGAGGAGGACAGAGAUGGUCCUGAGUGCUCACAAGGAGACAUGGCGGAAGAGGCGGCAAAGCCUGAAGAAUCAGAUGAAGAACCGACUCAUUCGUAUCAGAACAUACCCCAUGACGAUGAUUAUUACAACUUCCCAACAGUGAGGGAUGUUUAA